GGAAAGACUAGGGGAGGGGGAAAGAAGGUUCGAAACAAAUAACAAGAUAUCCUAGACUCAGCAGAAAUUUAUUUUUGAGUAGCAAUCUUUGCAAAAAGAUGGUGAUAACUCCCUAAAGCACGACAAUGUAGCUGCAGCGCCUCAAGAGGCAUCUCCUAAUUUCAAAUUGAAUCGUUGUAUCUUAAAAGAGAGGUGGGUCUUUGUGUUAACACGAUAGUCUCAAGGAUCCAAAAUGACUACGACGUUGGAGGCAAGCUAUCAACCGUUACAGGCCUUUGGGAGUGAGUUAGGAGACAUAGAGGAAACUCCUCAUGACAGUGGAGUUAUGAUUCAUGUGGUACCUGAGAGUAGCAGAGCUCGAUGGAAUCAUAUGGAAGAUUUAGAUGCCUUUUUUACUCGAAUGUACCACUAUCAUCAGAAACAUGGAUUUGCAUGUAUGAUGCUGCAAGAGGUGUUAGAACUCUUUCAGUUUGUUUUUGUUGUGAUAUUUUCCACUUUUCUUUUAAAUUGUGUUGAUUACCCUAUUUUGUUCAAAGAUAAAUUGGAUCCAUACAAAAAAACAAAUAUCUCAAAAGUAUCUCUUGGAGAUGCAGUUAUUCCAACUGCUCAGUGUGUUGGUUCUUUCAGUCUCAGCACCUGGGUUUGUCUAUGUAUUGCUCUAAUUUUCUGGUUCUUGCGAGUUUUUAAAGUUGUUUGCCACAUUUUUCAAUUUUGGGAUAUAAAAUGCUUCUUUAACACUGCCCUUAAAAUUAGUGAUAAUGAGUUGGAUAAUUUAACAUGGCAUGAAGUUCAGAGACGAGUACGUGAAGUACAGAAAGAACAACAAAUGUGCAUACACAAAACGGACCUCUCAGAACUAGAUAUUUACCAUCGUAUUUUGAGGUUCAAGAAUUAUAUGGUUGCAAUGGUGAACAAAUCACUUUUACCACCAAGGCUGCAAGUUCCUUUGCUUGGUGAAGUGGUUUUCUUGACCCAUGGUCUGAAAUAUAAUCUUGAAUUGUUGCUGUUUUGGGGCCCCUGGGCGCCUUUUGAGAAUAGCUGGCACUUGAAAGAGGACUACCGAAAAGCUGCUAAACGUCAUGAGUUGGCUGCUGCAUUGAGCAAGCACAUUAUGUGGUUGGCUUUGGCAAAUCUCUUGCUGUGUCCUCUCAUAUUACUCUGGCAGAUACUGUACAGUUUUUUCACCUAUGCUGAGAUAAUUAAGCGUGAGCCAGGUAGCCUUGGAUUAAGGUGUUGGUCACAGUAUGGUCGUUUAUAUUUACGACACUUCAAUGAAUUAGAUCAUGAACUGAAUGCACGUCUGAACAGAGCAUACAGUCCUGCCUCUAAAUAUAUGAAUAUUUUCACAUCUCCAUUAAUGACAGUGAUUGCCAAAAACAUCAUGUUUGUAGCUGGAGCAUUUCUUGCCGUUUUAGUAGUAUUGAGUUUCAUUGAUGAAGAUACUUUGACAGUUGAGCAUGUGCUCACUAUCAUCACAAGUUUGACAGCUGUAGUUGCUGCAUGCCGAGCUUUAAUACCUGAUGAGAAUGUUGUGUGGUGUCCAGAAACGCUCAUGACAGCAGUUCUUGCACAUGUUCAUUAUUUGCCUGAUGAUUGGCGUGGACGAGCUCAUAAAAAUAGUGUUCGAGAUAAAUUUUCUCAACUCUUUCCCUAUCGAGCGAUCAAUCUUUUUGAAGAAUUAUUAUCUCCCAUACUGACUCCCUAUGUGCUGUGGUUUCAUACACGAUCCAGAGCUCUGGAAUUCGUUGAUUUCUAUCGUAAUUUCACGGUAGAAGUUGUUGGAGUUGGAGAUGUGUGCUCUUUUGCCCAGAUGGAUGUUAGACGUCAUGGCAAUCCAACAUGGCAAACAAGUGGCACAGGGGUUCAAAAGCCAGCUGGACCAUCUGAAACAACUGCCUAUGUCAUGCCAACUAGUAUUGGGGAACAAGCAGUACCAUGUGCUUCUAAUCAGUACACUCAGGCUGAAGACGGGAAAACCGAAUUAUCUUUGGUGCACUUCACGAUGACCAACCCACACUGGCAACCUCCUCCAGAUGCAGAGAGUUUUGUUGAUGCAUUUAGACACCAAGCCAAGAGGGAUGCUGCAGGAGAAAGCGGUCCAAUGUAUGCUCCAUUCGCUGCCUAUUCUGCUUAUGCAGCUCAACUUCACUCUGGUUCAUCCCUGGGCCCUGAGGCUAGUAUUAUGCUGACAAGUUUCCUAAGAGGCAGUCAAAUACCAGCCCCUAUGUCUCCCAGUGCUUCACAGUCAGUUGGUGAAGCAGCAUCAGUUGCUGUGCGAGGUGGCUUGAGUAGAGCUGAAGGACCAUAUCAGUUAAGUCUUCCCAGAGGACUUCCUCCAGCUAUUUCAUUGGGAGCAUCUGUCUUUGGCUCAGGAGUAGGAUCUGGGUUUAGCUCAGAGCCAGUUGAAGGAGAAUUAACUGCAACCGAUAUGAGUUUGAGCACUCUCUUACUUCAUGAAGUUCACCAUAGACAUCUUCGAAGAAGAGGAUACCAAGAAAGGGAGAGUGCUAAUCGAGCACUAUGGCAAAGGCCGCACCAUGAAAUGGCUGGCAUUAGAGAGGAGGGUCCCUUACCAUCCUCGGGGCAAGGAUCAGCAUCAGGGUCAGGAACAGGAACUCAUCAGAAUUCAGGGGACAGGCCAGCGGAAUGUACUCCUCUUCUUACAUCAAAACACAAAUAAAAGAUGCUAUGUGAUCAAUUUCAAUAAUGGGAUUACAUUCAUGUAUCUCAUUCAAUUGAUAGGCGUCAUUCCCCCCCUUUUUUUGAAGGGUGUGUAAAGGCACAUUUUGUGCUUCCAUCUCUAGUCAUAACUUUCAAAUUAAAAAAAAUAAAUAUUUGUUGAACUUUUCUUCUGCAAUUGCUCAAAUCUGCCAAUUUGCCAUCAUCAGGAAUUGUUUAGCAAUAUUAUUUCUUCCCUAUUAUUUAACAAUGUGUAUAUGUGAGUAAUUGGGUAAACCUAGUUGGAAAUAUAAUAAAAGUUUGUCCAUUAUCAGCCCAAUGUAUGUGAAUGCAUCUAACCAUUGUGUCUCUUUCCUUUUUUUUCAUUUUUAACAGAUCCUUAACAUUUCAAUUCAAAUUAUAAUCAUCAACAAUAUUCCAUGAAUUCAUGAAAGUUUUGCUUUAUAAGAGUUAUUAGGAGAAUUGAUACGACACAUCUCCUAUUUGAGAUAACAAAUAAAGUUUGCUAUUUCUAUUAA